AGGACCUCAACAGUGAGAUUUUUUCGGAGCCUUAUAGACUGCGGCCCUAAUGUCAUGGGUCAAUUUAUCGCAUCACGCCGCACUCAAGGAUAUUUUCUGAGCGGGAUUCGAUCACACACCAUGGUUGCGUUACACUUGCAGUUAACUGUUGUCUUGUGCCUGUUUCUAGCUCCUUACCUCAGCCUUGCCUACCCCAGGAAAUCUUUAUUUGAGAGGACUAUUCAAAAGAGAGAAACGGCUCCAGAGUUUGUCAAAUACAACGUAUUCAAAAGCAUACCGUGGGGGAUGCUCGGGGUGGUGGGGGGUAGCAUGAUUCUACACUGUGAUGUAUUUGGUCAGCCCCCAGCCCUGAUUUACUGGGUCAAGGACGGAGUACGGAUUCACCAGGGUGACACCCACACCGGCAACAGCGAGCAUCACGUGACCUCUGACGGACGGUCCAGACUGGAAGUGUCCAGCACACAGUCUAGACUCUACCUGGACUGUCUGAGUGAGGAGGACGCUGGCAUCUACGUCUGUGUGGGACACAACCCCACCGUCACAAUACAACAGGAGCGUACUGUUGUGAUUGUUGAAGAAUCAAAAAUGCUGGUGGGACAAAAAGAUUGUAAAUUGUCAGGUCAGCCAAGAAUAUUCAUGUGGACAUCAUCUCGACUUGAAUAUGAAACGGGCACUGUCCAGCUGUUUUGUCGUGCGCAGGGUAGCCCCACCCCAACCAUCACCUGGUAUAACGGUUAUAACGUGCCCAUUGACCUAAAAAGUGAUACCUACACUGUAACACCAGCAGGUGACCUGAUCAUACGGGCUCUUAGGUCAGUCUUCUACUAUGGGGAUUUUAUUUGUGAAGCUAAAAAUAGCCUCGGUACUGACACGGUAACAACAAUUGUAUACCCUACUGUGCGCAUCAAAUAAGUUUCUGUCUGCUUUUACCAUGGACUGGUAGCAGUCGUCUGCACGCGUUCUAGUCAACAUCUGAUUUCAGCAUCCUAGUUUAUUUCACAUCUUUCAGAUCCAAUGUUUAUUUUAUUGAUUUCAUAUUCAUUGUUUAUUUUAUUGGUUCGAGAUUUAAUG